AUGUUUGGCAUUGCUCUAUCUUUGUUGAGUUGGGUGGGUCUAAAUCCAAUCCCAUACAUUGCUCCCUUAAUAGGAACCACAGAACCAGCUCUAAAGUUACUAGUAUCAAUUUUAAUGGGAUAUCCUUUGGGAAUAGUGUAUAAUAAAUAUGUUCGAAAGUAUGCUGAAUUUCGAAAUUUGUAUUUCAUUGUUACUGGUAUUGACAUGGCUUUUUAUAAUUUUGGAUCAGCACUUAUACACAAUACUAUCCCAGCUAUCGUCAUCUAUUUUACUACACUGUUGUUUGGCCCUAGCAAAAUGAAUACGAUUAUUACUUUAGUAUUCAAUAUGACAUAUCUUCUAGUGGGAUAUAUGAUGACAGAAUCUGAAGACUAUGACAUAACUUGGACUAUGCCUCACUGUGUUUUAACUUUAAAGCUAAUUGCUUUAUCUUUUGAUCUAUGGGAUGGUCAAAAGUUAUCAAGAGGCAUAGAACUUUCUGCAACUAGUAAAAAAACAGCACUUACUCAACCACCAUCAUUCAUUGAACUUAUAGGCUUUGUAUAUUUCCCUGCUUGUUUCCUUGUGGGUCCCAUUUUCUCUUUUAAGCGAUAUAUGGAUUUCUUGUCUGACAAAUUCCCAUUGGAUAAAGAAUCUGGUGUUUAUGAACAGCAAGCUAUACAGAGGUUAAUUCAAGGUGUUGCUUAUUUAAUCACAUUUCAAGUCGGAGUGACUGUUUUUAAUGUUAAAUAUAUGCUGUCUGAUGAAUUCUGGGAUACUUCGAUAGUUUAUAGACACUUGUACUGCGGAUUGUGGGCUCAUUUUGCUUUAUAUAAAUACAUUUCGUGUUGGCUACUUACUGAAGCUUCAUGUAUAAGAUUUGGAAUAUCACAUAAUGGGAUGGAGAAGACUGUCAAUGGAGAUAUAUCGAAGUGGGAUGGUUGCAACAACAUUAAACUACUCCGUUUCGAAGGUGCAACGAAAUUUCAACAUUAUAUCGACAGCUUUAACUGCAACACUAAUCAUUUUGCUGCGGAAUACAUCUACAAGCGCCUAAAGUUCCUGGGUAACAGGAAUCUUAGCCAACUGUUCACACUGUUGUUUUUGGCUUUAUGGCAUGGUAUCAGAUCAGGCUACUAUGUUACCUUCUUCAAUGAAUUUAUUAUAAUGUUUAUGGAAAAGGAGUUUGAGAGCAUUAUAAGCAAAACAGAAAUUUAUAAGCAAAUGUGGAGUAACUCUAUAAUAAGCUAUUUUCUGUAUGCUUUUCUGAAAAUGUAUACCAUUAUUUUUAUGGGCUGGAGCUUAGCUCCAUUUGAUGUAAAAGUAAUUUCGAAAUGGUGGAGAAUAUAUUCUAGUCUUUACUUCUCAGGAUUUAUUGUGUUUUUGCCUUGGGCAUUUCUCUAUAAGCCACUGCUUAUAAAAUCCCUAAAAUAUUUCAACAUCAAAAAAGUUGAACAAAAUACUCAAUAA